AUGGCGAGCAGCAACAAUGACGGCGGUCUCUAUGACCCCUAUGUCAAGCGUGGCGCCGAAGAAGGCGAUGCAGGCAAUGCGCGCACACAGGGUCUUCAACGUGAAAUCGACGGCGCUGUCCAAACGAUGCAGAACAACAUUCACAAGAUUUCCGAGCGUGGAGAGAGGUUGGAUAACCUGCAAGACAAGACCGAUCACCUCUCGACGCAGGCCAACAGCUUCCGCCGCGGCGCCAACCGGGUGAGGAAGCAAAUGUGGUGGAAGGACAUGAAAAUGCGGAUGUGCAUCAUCAUUGGUAUCAUCAUUCUUUUGGUGGUUAUCAUUGUGCCUUCUGCGAUCUAUGGCAGCAAGUAA